AUGUCUACUUCGUGCUAUGCGCUUCAUGAAGCUAUCGCAGGUAACGGACCCUCACCGAACUUGGCAUAUAUGCCCUGCGGAGUCACCAAUUCCACCCAUCCUUAUGUGAAUUGCUGCCGCAGAGGGGACUAUUGUAUGAGAAAUGCCCUCUGCCACUAUACAAUGCCGAACGGGCAGGAUGGAUAUUAUUCAGCCGGCUGCACCGAUCCGAAAAUGCAGGAUCCAGCGUGUAUGACCCGAUGCGGUGGCCGAUCCACAGACGCCACUUAUGUUACAGCUGAACUAUGGGCCUGCUGCAUGGUUACCAAGAACGACAAAGGCGACCCGAUCGUGACUUGUAGCAAUCACACCCAGGAGAUCUUCCCAGCUCCGGCCCCGAGCGACCUUGUUACCCUACAGUAUAUUCCCAUAACAGGAACACCAACGUAUGCUACAGCGAACUCGACCGCGGCACCGAUAGCAAGUGUCUCGAAUGGAUUGUCCAAUUCUAGCGCAUCGUCCAAUUCGAGCGGUAGUGAUAUCGGUGCUGCGGCUGGGAUCGGAGUGGGGGUUGCGGCUGCAAUACUCCUCAUUGCAAUGGCUAUCGCGUUCCUUUUCUUCCGACGUAGGGUGCAUGCGCGGUCCAAGGCUCCGCGACCAGAGUCUGAUUCCACUGCACCGAUCAUGCCACAUACAGGGUUUUACUCCGCGUGGAUGGAGUCAACGACUAACAUGCGGCAACCGGAGACUCGAUAUGAGCUUCCCAGAGGAACUGAACGACGAGAGCUCCACUGA